AUGGUGGACGGGGCAACGGUGGCCACGGUCACAUCAAUCUCCGUGUCAACUAUUAUUGUGUGCAUAUGCCUAGGUUUUGCCAACAGCAUCAUGACCGAUAUGAAAGAUUUCUACGAGGAGAAUCUUGAUCUCAUGGAAGAAAUUAAAGAAUCGUCGGACGAUGCUUGGACGAUUUUGAUUAAAAUGGAGGCUAUCGGAAAAUCGAGAAACCCUCGAGCUGCUCCCUUCCGUUCAAUUGUUCAUCGCUUUCGUAAAGAUGUUCCCUCGCAAUGUCAAUGCCUUCAUCCGACUCAAUGCCCUCCUGGACCUCCCGGUCCACCCGGCAUCGAUGGAAUCCACGGAGCACAUGGAGAACCAGGACAUAGAGGACCAUCCGGAACACCGGGAAUGUCUUUGGCCUAUGAUGCGCCCGGUGGAUGUAUUGAGUGCCCAGCCGGACCACCCGGUCCUUCGGGUCCAAUUGGGCUAACUGGAAUGCCCGGACCUAAAGGUCAACAAGGACCAAAGGGUAGUGUGGGUUUGUCGGGUCGAGUGGGACCACAAGGACCAGCAGGAGAUGAAGGACAACCAGGGGGUGUGGGAAUGCCCGGUCAUGCAGGAAGUUAUGGACAGCAAGGAGUACGGUAUAGACAAGGACCAAGGGGAAUUCCUGGACGUUGUGGUGAACAAGGACCGCCUGGACCCCCAGGACCCAUUGGGAAAGCGGAAGAAGGUGCUGAUGGAAUGCCGGGAGCGGCUGGUUUGCCUGGAAAAGACGGCGAGAGAGGAAUUGAUGGAGAUGAUGGAGACGAUGGAGGACAAGGACUCCCGGGUGUUGAUGCUGCAUAUUGUGCAUGUCCGCAACGGGACACUUACGUCAGACGGCCCGAGUAUCGAAUUAUUGAUUAUACUCCGACAAAAGAGGAAGAUCGAGAGGAUCGAACCUAUGGUCAACCAACGCAUGUU